AUGGCAAAGGUCCAGAGUGGGAUAAGAAUUCCCAGCAACAAACUAAGUGAAAAUCUAAGGAAUGUUGGGAACAUCCUCGAUGAUCCAGGAAUAAUCAUGGGUCGGCGUGGACGAGCGUCAAGAAAGAGGACAAAGAAACGCGAUGGCACGCUCCAAUCAGUCUCACUGAGCCACCAGCCAGAGUAUGUGGCGCUCCUCAGGUUUGUCCACCAGCGAGGAUUCACAUCAAAACUACUGAAACCCGCCUUCUUCUCUGACACAGGCCGAGGUUUGCAAGCUUUUAAGAGUGUAAAGCCCAAUCAACUGUUGGUUUCUCUCCCUGAGUCUUGUCUGCUCACAACAUCAACCGUGCUGGACAGCUACCUUGGCCACUACAUGAAGCGCUGGCAGCCUCGCAUCUCGCCUCUGUUGGCUCUCUGUGUCUUCCUUGUGUGUGAGCGGCACAGAGGACCUGACGCCGACUGGUCACCGUACAUCCACAUCCUUCCUGCCUCGUACACGUGUCCUGCCUAUUUUGCCGAUGACGUCACAUCGCUUCUGCCCGUUGGACUGCGGCGCCGAGCUAUACAACAGAAGGAUGCUGUGCGGGAAAUCCACUCGUCCAAUCAGGACUUUUUUAGGACUUUGCAGCCAAUCCUUAGUCAGCCUGUCGAGGAUGUGAUGACGUUUGAAGCGCUAAGGUGGGCUUGGUGCAGUGUCAACACCCGCUCUGUUUUUAUGCGUCAACCGUCCAACAAAUUCCUGUGUGGAGAAGAUGAUUACGCGUUAGCGCCCUUUUUAGAUUUGCUUAACCACCGGCCUGAUGUGCAGGUGAAAGCAGGUUUCAACCACGAGACAAAAUGUUAUGAAAUCAGGAGCGUUUGUGGGACGGCGCGUUUCCAGCAGGCCUUCAUCAACUACGGUCCACAUGACAACCAGUCCCUGCUAAUGGAGUACGGCUUUGUCGCCUCUGGAAACCCACACAGUCUGGUCUACGUAGACACAGAAAUUCUGUGUGAGGUUGUAAAUGGCAACACAACAAAUCUGGAGCAGAGGAUGAAGUUCCUCACAGACAACAACUUUCUCAAUAAUCUGAGCAUUAGUGGCGAAGGUCCCAACUGGCGAUUGAUGACCACGCUCAGACUGAUGUCACCUCAAACUCUCUUCUACCAGUGGAAGGCGGUGUUGCUUGGCCAGAUGGUAGGCAAAGAGGUUGAGCGUUGGAGCAUACGGAUGGCGGUGGCGUUGAGCCAAAAACUCCUACAAGACACGCUCACAAUUUUAGAUACGAUUUCCAGACAUCUCCAACAGGGAGAGCCGUCGCUGAAGCAGCAGCUGCAUGUGGUUGAGUCACUACUGCAGGAGGAGAAAUGCAUCCUAGGAAGAUGCCUUAGUUCACUGAGAAGCGCUCAAGUCGAGGCGACAAAAAUCGAUGAGAACAAUGCAAGCUAA